CCCUAAACACUGAGCUGGUGAAGAGAAAAGAGAAGGGAAAACGGAUCAUCCUAGAGAAAGAUUAAAGCAACGCAGAUCGGUGUAGCCUAGCAUACUAAAGCGUCAGGAGGUUUGCACACCUUUGGGGGUUUCUGCGUAUCUUCACAAGCAUAUUUACUGCGGUGUCUCAUAAGGAAAUUAACCUGUUACACUCGUUCUAGUUGGGACUGUCAUUCAGUAGAGUCUAUGCUCCUUUCCCUGAUCCUUGACUUAAGGAAGGACUGCAGAAACCCACCUUCCGCUUAGGAGAAUCGGUGGCGCUUCUUUACAAGCAGGUGGUCUGUUUGCGCUUUCUUAUUCCCUUCUCCCCCUUCACCCCACCUCCCGGCUGGACAACUCCCUCCUUUGGAGAACACGCCCAAGUAGCUGAAGAAGAGAGAGAGAGAAAAAAAGAAGAGAUAGAUAGUAACAUUGAACCUGAGGGGAGAUCCAGAGCUGCUGCGUGCAGAGAGAGAUCACUGCAGCCUAUACAUUCCCAGCACUAAAGUAUUACGUGUGACAGGCAUACAAAUCCGAAAUAAAAAGAAAAAAAAGAGAGAGAGAGAGAGAGAGAGACAGACAGACACAGGGUGGGUGAGUGAGUGAGAGAGAGACCCAGCUGAGGGAUAUGGUGUUUGUCUCUUGGGAUUUACAAACACACACUGCCUGUUCAGAUCACAAGAGGGUUUGUCUGUUUUGUCUGCACUACCUUGACCCGGAGCUGCACUGUCUGAGGCAACGAGAAAUUAACCAGCACGAAUAGCAUUAGAGGCAUCAUUUUGCAUGGUGAUCUGAAAAUCAGCAAACAAGGAAUAUGAACAGGAAAACAAGGCGUUGGAUUUUCCAUAUCUUUCUGAGCCUAGGGAUUGUAUAUAUCAAAAUUGGGGGUUUUUCCUCUGUGGUGGCUCUGGGGGCCAGCAUCAUCUGUAACAAGAUCCCGGGUUUAGCUCCUAGACAGAGGGCAAUCUGUCAGAGCAGACCCGAUGCUAUCAUAGUGAUCGGAGAAGGGUCUCAAAUGGGAAUCAACGAAUGUCAAUUUCAAUUCCGAAAUGGACGCUGGAAUUGCUCUGCCUUGGGGGAAAGGACGGUCUUUGGAAAAGAGCUGAAAGUGGGUAGCAGAGAAGCAGCAUUCACAUAUGCCAUCAUUGCCGCUGGAGUAGCACAUGCGAUCACUGCUGCCUGUACCCAGGGAAACCUAAGCGACUGUGGCUGUGAUAAAGAAAAACAGGGACAGUACCAUAAAGACGAAGGAUGGAAAUGGGGAGGUUGUUCUGCUGACAUCAGAUAUGGAAUAGGAUUCGCCAAAGUGUUUGUGGAUGCAAGGGAGAUUAAACAGAAUGCAAGGACUCUCAUGAACUUGCACAACAACGAGGCAGGACGUAAGAUUCUUGAAGAAAACAUGAAAUUAGAGUGCAAGUGCCAUGGAGUUUCAGGAUCUUGUACUACUAAGACAUGCUGGACAACCCUUCCUAAAUUCCGGGAGCUGGGCUACAUCCUUAAGGACAAAUACAAUGAAGCAGUUCAGGUUGAACCGGUGAGGGCAAGUCGCAACAAGCGUCCAACCUUCCUUAAAAUAAAGAAGCCACUGUCCUACCGCAAACCCAUGGAUACAGAUUUAGUGUACAUAGAAAAAUCUCCAAAUUACUGUGAAGAAGAUCCUGUCACUGGCAGUGUGGGAACACAGGGCAGAAUGUGCAACAAAACAGCCCAGCAGACCAAUGGCUGUGAUCUGAUGUGUUGUGGUCGAGGUUACAAUACACACCAGUACUCACGAGUGUGGCAGUGCAACUGUAAAUUCCAUUGGUGCUGCUAUGUAAAGUGUAAUACGUGCAGUGAAAGAACAGAAGUGUACACCUGUAAAUGAAAGUGUGGCUGGGGAAGGUGACUCUAGAUCCCUAGGAAUGAAUACAUUUGCACAUGAGCUCAACACAACUACUCAAGACUGUAGCAAAGACCUGCUUUCUUCCAAAAGAAAAGCUAAUGAACGGAUCUGUCUUUUCCUCUCAUGUUUCAGUACUUAUGUGGAUACACAUUAAAGACUUGUAUAAAUUAUCCAAAAAAAACAAAACAAAACAAAAAACCAAGCCACUUGACACAUAAAACAGAGGAAAAAAAUCAUCUAAACUAAUCUGCACCUCCAAAGCUUAAUGCAAUGACUGCCUUAUGAAAAGAACACCCAGUCAAGUGAAAAAAAUCUGAGAGCUUGGCAACUGACUCUUUUGGUUUGGAAAAAGUUGGUUAAAUACACAAGCUACUGUGCAUAAGGGAUGGGUUGGGUGGGGGAAACAAAACAAAACUUUAACAUGGUCUUUGCACAGGAUGGGGUGACAAUGCUCCAGUGUGAAUUUCUACUUAAGUGUGGAUUAUGCAGAUUUAGGUUUCUACACUUGUGAAAAGCUUCUGCUGGUCUUGCCUGUCUUUCCAUUUCACACAAUUUGCUACAGCAAGUAGAACUGUUGAAGUUUUCCAUAGACACUGGUUUAUCUGCCUUUAUUUUUUUGUGCUGCAGAUUUUAGCACAGGGAUUUGGGACAUCUGGGCAUAAUAAUAGCAAUAUUUAACAAUUUAUUCAGAUAAAACUAAUAUUAAUUUAUUUAAAUAAAAAAGAACUCUACAACAUUUUUGGAACUAUUCUGCAAUUAAAGUAGAUAGCUUGCUUUCUUUGUGGAAUAAUUAUUUUGUAGAUACGGCAAGGAAAAAACUGAAGCUGUAUAUAUUAUUCUUUACUCGGAUAUUUCUACUAGUUGGAUUUGCAGGAUAUUUUCUGCAGUACUAGAUGUUUAAGUACAAAAGCAGGCAUCUUUUAUAAUUUUUUUCUGUUUGCUGCUAGUUGUCUGGAAAAAUCAAACUGGUAGUGAGUAUAAUCUCUUUACAAUACACUUUUUUUUUCCAAUUAAAGAGGAGCAUUAUGAAAAUCCAGUUUGGAAUACAUCAAAAAUAAAUAUGAAACUCCAGACAAACUUCCACCUUUUGGAAAAUGAACCAUAGGAUAAGAGUAUAUUUUGUAAGAGACUAUUUUUAUAUGAAUAUUUUAUUUAUACUAUGUCUGCUUGUAUAAUUCUAUAACCUGUACUUUUCCCUCAAAACAGGCAUACUAUUUGUAAUUCUUAGGCUAUUUAACAGAUAAAGGCUGAUUAGUUUGUGGACACAAGAGCAGCAAGCAGGAUACAUUUAGCUGCAAUUGGUAGAUGUGUCAAAAUGCAGAAUGAACUUUCUCUCCGGAUGUAUGUACAAACUGGCUCUCUUCCUGCAGUUCAAUUUGCAGAAUAUGCAAAACAAGAACAGGGUAUGUAGCAUCAAUUUUGUCACAUGGCUUGAAUUCAUGAUUGGUAUUAACUGGAUGCUCAUUUAUCCCAUUCAGAAAAAAAAUCUGAAUUAGCUUCCCACAUGCGUCAGUCAUUAAACUGUGGUGUUAUGACUAGCAAAUGUGCUGUGUGUGCUGUCAGUUAAACCUCUAUAUUGUGUUACUGUCAAAUUUGAUUUUAUCAGUGGAAGACUGUAGACUAUGACUGUAAAAACUAGCAUGACACACAUCGCCUGAUUCUCAUAGAUAAGAUACAAAGCUUACAGUUUUUGCCCAACUGGUUUUGGCAUUUGCCUUACUCUUUCCCUCCAAAAAGUUCUGAGUUAAAAAACUCAAACCACAUUUAGGCAAACAUUAAACAAUCUAUUUCUCCACAGUCCCAUUAAGUCCUUCUUGUACUUUCUUUUUAUAUUUCCUUUCUCAUCUGGGAAACUAGAAGUGAUGUGGGUGAGUAAAUAAAUAUUCCCACUCCCGGCUGGAAUCUUUUUGCUUGCUUCUCCUGCCUGAAUCAUUUAGAGCCUCACACACAGUUCUAAUUUCAAUGGUGGUUUUGCGUGAGUAAAGACUACAGGACCAGGCUCUUACUGAUAUCACAUGUUCCACUGUUUGGGACAUAUGACAAACACUUCCAUAGUUGAGAAAUGUGAGAUCACUCAGUCAAAAAGGUCGAGACACUGACAACAAGGGAAACAAACAAGUUAUCUAGGAGGCUGUGCUCUCCAGUGACUCCCAUUGAUAUUAAUAAGUAUUAGAACAAAUAGACAAUAAGCAAAUUAGUAAUAGGUCUGAUUCAUUGAUUUUUGUAGGUGUUCUGCCUGUACUUGGACUGCAAGAUUGGGACCACAUGAGAAAGGAAACGAUGGAAGUAGUACAAGAUAAUUUUACAGGAUUUGGGUAAAAUAAUGUAUUUUCAGCAUUGCCCUGAAUGCAACAUAUUGUUUACACACACACACACACACACACACACACACACAAUACCUGCUCCUUGCCAUGUACAAUUAAGGAUAUAGUGUUUCUUUGCAGAUUUGCCAUUUAUCACGUUACAGCAACUCAGACACCAAUGUAUGAGAUAUCAAAGUAGAAGUUGGAUAAGAUUAACACAGUUUACUUUCAACCUUGUGACUUGUCAACGUGAAACAAUUUAAAAGUAGUAUUUUUUUUAUAAUGGAGCUUAUAUUUUUUUCAGGAUUCUAAAUUUUGUGUAUUAAAGAUUGAAAAUGGGACCUAAAAUUCAAGAAUAUACAUACAAUAUGGAGAUUAAUUACAAUUAUACAACAUGGUUUAAUAAUGCAGAUCUCUGAUAAAGUUAAUCAUGGUGCAAUUUUUUUUUUUACAGUAUGCAUUGGCUUUCACUAAGUAGAUACACAACACAGUCAACAGUUUGUUGUUCUUCACUGAUUACAGUAAUCUAACAAAGUGUUAUUUUUGCAGUAUGUUUUUACCAUAGGAAAGCAUUCUGUAAAAGUGCUGCUUUCUGUAUAUUUCGAUACAUUGGUGAUGCACAGUGUACAACUAGCACAUUAACUCGUAAAAGACAGAUUUCUUUAAAGAAUUUUAAUCACAAUAAUAAAGAACUGGAUGGAUA